AUGGAAGAACUUACGGCGUUCGUCUCCAAGUCUUUCGACCAGAAAGUGAAGGAGAAGAAAGAGGCCAUCACGUACCGGGAGGUGCUGGAGAGCGGGCCGCUGCGCGGGGCCAAGGAAGGGCCCGGCUGCGCUGAGCCGGGCCGCGAAGACCGCAGCAGUCCCGCAGUCCGGGCGGCCGGCGGAGGCGGUGGCGGCGGAGGAGGAGGCGGAGGCGGAGGAGGCGGAGGAGGUGUAGGAGGAGGAGCAGGCGGAGGAGCAGGAGGAGGGCGCUCUCCUGUCCGGGAGCUGGACAUGGGCGCCGCCGAGAGAAGCAGGGAGCCCGGCAGCCCGCGGCUCACCGAGGUGUCCCCGGAGCUGAAGGAUCGCAAAGAGGAUGCGAAAGGGAUGGAGGACGAAGGUCAGACUAAAAUCAAGCAGAGGCGAAGUCGGACCAAUUUCACCCUGGAACAACUCAACGAGCUCGAGAGGCUGUUUGACGAGACCCACUACCCUGACGCCUUCAUGCGCGAGGAGCUGAGCCAGCGGCUGGGCCUGUCCGAGGCCCGGGUGCAGGUUUGGUUUCAAAAUCGAAGAGCUAAAUGUAGAAAACAAGAAAACCAGCUCCAUAAAGGUGUCCUCAUAGGGGCUGCUAGCCAGUUUGAAGCUUGUAGAGUGGCACCCUAUGUCAAUGUAGGUGCUUUACGGAUGCCAUUUCAGCAGGAUAGUCAUUGCAACGUGACGCCCUUGUCCUUUCAGGUUCAGGCGCAGCUGCAGCUGGACAGCGCCGUGGCGCACGCGCACCACCACCUGCACCCGCACCUGGCCGCGCACGCGCCCUACAUGAUGUUCCCGGCACCGCCCUUCGGACUGCCGCUCGCCACGCUGACUGAAAGCCAAAAAGCACGCGGCCGCCCUGGGCCUGUGACGCCCACGUUGCGCCCCGCGCGCGGCGCCCAGCCUGCACGCCCUCCGCGCCCGCUCUUCUCCGUGACCUCCGGCCCCCGUCGCCGGUCCUCCUGCCCCACAGCCCGCCCUGCCCCUUCCGCACCGGCACUCGGAGGGCGGGCUCCGCCGACCCGCAUCCCGCUGGGCGCACCAGCUCCGCACCACUCACGCACCCGGGGCCUAGGAUUCCGCUUCGCAGGGGCGGGUUUGGGAAAUUCUGGAGAGAUCGGACCAGAGGCCGGCGGGCCCCCGGGAGCCCCCGCGGGCGGAAAGUCCCGCGGAGUCCACGCCGGCCAGGCGCCCCGCCGCGCCACGUGGCCCUCUCCGGGCGCUGCGCUCGCGCGCAGGACGGUCCCUCCGCCUGGCCCGGGGCGAUCUUUCCCGAGGGCUCUCGAAGCUUCCAGAGGCCCCUGA